GAGAGCGGAUCGGCUCCACUCCACCAGGCAUGACGUCCGCGGCGUCGGCGUCGGCGUCGUUGGUUAUGGCGGUGCUGGUCGUCGUCUCGGCCCGCAAGUGCUGUCGUCCUGGAGAUAUCCUGGAUCACAACCUAACCUGCGUCAUAGGAUCAUCUCACAUCUUCCUGGACGUUCCUUCUGAAGACGCGUUGUCCUGUAACGGCAACAUUUCUCUAGUCAGGCCCUUUCAGGGCAUGAAAAUAAACUGUUUGGAUGUAGUAGAUAAUCUAAAUUUUACCAGUUUAAAAGGUGUGGUUUGCAGUGACGGGGGUGGUAAAGUGGAAGUGCCUCAAGUGAACUUUGUGAGGAAGUGUUGCCCAGAGUCCAGAAGGUAUUCUGACUUCAGAGAAGGCUGUUGGGGGGAUCAUCCGAAUGAGGUUAGGAGUGUGGAGUUACUAAGGACGAUGUUCCUUAACGAUUCGGACACCCCACUGGAGUUGUCUGUGGGAGUUCCGAAAUGUCCUAGAGGAAAGGUUCUAGUCGAUAUCUUCAUACAUCACCGUCAUGUUUGGAGGCAGGACAGCGAGUCGAUCCUUUUGAAGCACCAAGGACCUUCUGACGUUCUACUGGUUCCUGAAGAGUUCUGCGUGGACCUCUGGACCGGAGACGACUAUUCCCUAGUGAUCCGAGCUUGUCAGGACGCUACUGUCACGUGUGAUCGUGGAACUACACCUUGCAUCAAUAAGUGUUGCAGAGACGGCAAAGCUUACAAAACGUUCCACUGUGACAACACCAAGGAUACUUUCGAUGUGCAGUUCUACUCCGUUCGUCCUGACAAGGCACCUUCUCCGUCUUCAGUUUCAUCCGUCGGGAUUGGUUACGAAGACGCUUUCUUCAAGUGUCGGAACGGGAAAUUUCCCCUGGACCCGGAGAGAUCUUCGGACGAUUUCUUCUUAGUGACUGAUUCGGGGGACCUGUUGAUCCCUGAGAAUCCUCUGCACCACAACCUCAUAGACUGGAGGGACUUCUGUCUAGAGCGGUUGGGAGGAAGAGUCGUCCCUUUUCUCUGCUUUCCUCCAGUUCGGACCAAGGAGACGUUCCACUUUAAGGUGAUCGCUCUAGGACUCCUAGUCUCUGGAGUGUUCUUACUCAUCACCUUCCUGGUGUACGCCUGUCUGCCCUCCCUUCACAACCUCCACGGUCGAACCCUCAUGUGUCACGUGGCCUCCCUCCUGGCUGCAUACGCCUUCCUAGUCUGUAGUCAGUUGAUGUCUAGUGUUCUGCCCAAGCCGCUGUGCACCGCUACAAGUUACGGAAUACAGUUCUUCUUCUUGGCUGCAUUUUCUUGGUUGAAUGUGAUAUGCUUCGACAUAUGGUGGACUUUCGGAGCCAUCAAGUCACACACGGCCAAGGCAGAAGAGUCCUGUCGAAAGUUCUUGUGGUACUCACUGUACGCGUGGUUGGUACCUCUAGCAAUCACUUCUGUUACAUUCCUGGUAGACAAUUACAAGCUGGUUCCUCAGGGAAUCCUUCCAAACAUGGGUCUACGCUAUUGCUGGUUUCACAGAGACACACAUGGAAAGACAGUAUUCUUUAACCUGCCAGUGAUGAUCCAGAUCACUACAAAUGUUGUCUUCUUCGCCCUCACCAUCAGGAACUGUUCCAAGAUUAAAUCUGAACUCCAACAGAUGCAGAACAACUCCAACGCCAAACUGAAGUACCAUGCGGAUAUAAACAAGCUGGCAAUGAACACCAAGCUGUUUGUGGUGAUGGGACUGACAUGGGGAUGUGAAGUGAUCACUUGGUACUUCCAGAGUGGAGAUAACAACUACUUCUGGUACCUGCUGGACGCCGCAAAUAUCUUCCAGGGGUUCUUCAUCUUCCUCAUCUUUGUGAUUAAGAAAAAAGUGAUCAGGGCCAUGAAGCUGAGGAUCCAUGAGGUGGUUCCAGCAUGUUUCUCUGAGUUUCCAAAACAUCGCCCAAGCACAACGUCUACUGUGUUCACCACUGUAGCUUCAUCAGACGCUCGCCACGGCAGUCAGAUCCAUAAGUGAUACAUUCCUUCAGCAGUUUUCUAUUUGUAUUUGUAGUUGUACUUACUUCAGGCAUAGAACAGAACACUGAACAAUUAUAAAAUGGUUACUAUAUUAAGAAAUACUAGAUUUAAAUACCUUCCUAAGUUUUGGUUGUCAAGAAACAUUUAUUGGUAGGAUUCUCUGAUUUGGAAAAGUGAGUUUGUAGAGAAAAGGAUUAUUAAACUGUGAGAUGUCGUAGGUUCGAAUCCCGAUGCUGCCACUAACUUUUAUCAACACUGUUUGCACUUGAUUGAGCUACACACUUGAUGUUCCCUGCUAAAUGUGCCAUUAGCUGAUAAUAUUACAGUUUUAGUUAUGUAACUUUAUUAGUUCAUUAAUUUGGACCCCCUGAUAACCAAAGAGUACCUAAUAAGGCAUCAUAAGUUGACUUUCCUUAACUUAAAGGUUAAUUAUAUUAUUAUUUGUAGUAAUCCAACAUUCUAUUGGUUCUGUUACUGGCAGAGGGUCGAGAGAGAAUGUAAAUGUGAAAUAUAAAUCUGUUCUGCACUCCUUGCUUUGGAUGCUCCAUAAACAGCUUCAACGCUUGAAAAAAUGAAUGAUUUGAAAAAAAAAUUGCUAUGACCAAAUUACUAUUUAAAAGCUUUUGGUGCACCUGUAUAUCUCAAUCAAUUAUGAAAGGGGGUCUAAGGUAAUUUUAAAUCCACAUUAUGAUUCCUACAAUGUAGUAAUUGCUAAUUUAUACGUUUUUUUUUCUUUUUGUUGGUGAGUGAUAUAUUUUUUCACAAAUGAGUAAUCUAAAAACUUUGUUUGGCUAGUGGGUAUUCUAGGCUGCAGUGGCAGCCAGGAAAAAGUUGCAUCUUUAAUUAUAUAAAAAAAGGUAUUUUGCAUAUUACACAAUUAUAAUUAAUCUCAAAAUUUGUAAAUUUUGUGUAAACAAACCAAAAUGCUUUGUGUGAUAAUGAUUUUGGCUGUUGAUGUAUUAUAUUUAUUUUUAGGGUAUCUAAGAUAAUUUAUUUACCUAAGUACAAAACUCAGAAUCCAGAUUGCUCUUUGCAAUUAUCUAUAUAUUGUUGAUUGUUGAGUACCUAUACAUUUAAUGAAUUGAUAACCGCUAAAUGAUAAUAUAUCCUAGAAUAAUAUUUCAUUUAUUUUUAUAUGUUGUAAAAUAUGUUGUGAUAAAUAAAGACAUUUUCGUAAAA